GAGGUAAAAAUGGCACCAUCGGAUAGUUUGGAAUGUUUUGCACACGAUUAGACUGCUUUUUACUCAAAAGAAGAGAAAAAAUAUUUUGAAUUUAUGCGUGCUAAUUCUGAAAAAGGGCCACUGUGCGAUGGCAGCUGAUGCCAUACUACCUGGCGGUGGACGACACCGGCACACAAGGCUCGCCACAAUCUGACAACGAUGGAGAAACCACUGACGAGGAGCAGCGCGGCGGAGACGAGGAGCGGACGUCGGAGGGUGUGCCUCCCCUUCACCAGGAGCGGUGGCGGCUCCUGAAGCAGAGACACCAGCGGCGCUGGCAGGAGCUGGAGCAGCAACACGAGGUGCAGUGGAGAGCUACGGAGCGACGAGGCUACCGGCACAAACUUAGACUGAACGAAAGACACGCUGAGGAGCGCCAGAAGCUACAACUGAAACACAACCAAGGGUGGUGGGGCUUGCGCUUGCAUCACUACAACGAACGCAUAGAGCUUCAUCAGAAUCAGAAUCAGAAAAUGCGAACACGAUCACAGAUGCAAAGGUGGAAAGAGCUGGAGGAAAAUCACCAGGUGCAAUGGGACAGUCUUCAGCAGAAGCUGCAUCUGCAGUGGCAAGAGAUGGAGCAGAGACAUCGACGAGAGUCACUAGAGCUAGAGAAGAGAUAUCCAAACUGCCGGCUAGAGGAGGAAGCGAUGAGACAUCUCGAGGUAUGCGGGAGAAGAUACCAGUGCCUACAGAAGGAACUGGAGACGGAUCUGGAGAAGGAAAGCGACAAGGCUCUGCUGGAGCAGCAACGGCUUCAGCAAGGACCGACACAGGAGGACGGCGGCGGCGGCAGAAAGGCCGGUGGCGAGCAGCGGUGUGGCUCAGACGAGGAGUGGACAUCGCGGGUGGAGAGGUGGCAGCCCGGCCAGCUCCGCAAGAGACGACACGAGCAGCUGUGGGAAGGGCCGGAGCAGCUAGGAGAGGAGCCAAGGCAGCUUCAGAAGGGGCUGCGACAGCCGAGGGAGGGUCUGGAGCAGCGUGGAAGGACCUGAGCAGCCAGAUCUCGGAGACGGACACUGCCCCGGAGAGGCAGCACAGUGAGACGCGUCCGUGUCUGGGUCUGUCAGACGACGAGAAGCGCUAAGGACGGAGAGGCAUCGUCGUCCAUCAGUUCAGGCUGCCAUGGUGGUGUGUUGCGGGCUCACCACGGAUUACCACACCGUACCUAUUUGAAUCAGGUGUCAUGAUUGUUUCGAUAUAAUAACGCCGAUCACGUUGAAACGUCGCAUAUCGUUAGACAUUAAGCUAUGUAGUUUCGUAUUUUCAUGAAUCACGGUUGUAGUGCAACUCACGAGCACCCAACCGUGCGAUCACGUGCAGGGCUGACUUCCAGGGCUCACACUGGUUGCUCAGUCGUUUGUCGACCACUGCCAAAACGUGCUACUAUAUACAUACUGUCGUUGGUAAGUAGGUAGGUAGGUAGAUAGGUAUACAUAAGUAGAUAUACAUGUAGAUAGUUACAAGGAUUUAAAAUGGAUACGGAUACAUACCUAUGAGGAGAUCAUGCAGUUGGUCGCUUGCAUCAUGGAUCAUCAACAUACGGUGUAUACCACUGGUGGAAUAUGAGGGCCCCGGCCACUACAAAAGUACAUGAAAUGCGCCUCAUUAUGGUGCAUGUCUUGGUUGCAGUUGCGCGUCCUCUAUUGCACUUCUCUCCGGGAUGUAGGUAAAGCCGCGCCCUCUGCAGUCGCUGGGAUAGCUCCCCAAUGGUCGUCACGUAACGCCCUCUACCAGCCAGGGUAGUGGGCACCUACUGCUGCCAAAAGUGAGCUGCAUACCUACUAUACUCGUAGGAUGUCUUCACUUCCGAAAGCUCACCUCUCUCAGCUUUUAGUGUGAACAGACUCCAUCGGAGAGAGGGAUUAAAACGAUUCGCAAAUAUGAUGACAUUUUGGAAAAGCCACAAGGGCACAUCGGAGCGCUAAGCAUUCGUGGUUUACGUGAAAUUGUGCUGUAAAGCCUAAAGAAAAUCCCAAUACAAAGUGAAUAACCAUGUGCCGACCUAAAUGGGCGGUAAGUGUAACUGAGCAUGCAUGAUGUCAUUUUUGCAUACAUUUUGCUGUAUACCCAACAUUGUCAGUUGUCACGUUAUCAACAUUGUCAACAUUGUCAAGUGUCUGUCACUUUGCGUGAAGAUAGUGACCGUACUGAAUAUAUGACUUUCAACAUAAA